AUGUUAUGGGCCCUCCUGGAGAGUCCGGUCGACCAGGAUUUGAUGGCGUUUGGGGAGAAGCGGGGUUUCCAGGUGAAAAGGGUUAUCCUGGACAUGGAGUUCCCAGACAAGGACAUCAAGGUUCUCCUGGUUUACCGGGGUAUCCCGGAGAUCCAGGAAUUCCUGGUGGCGAUGGACCUGAUGGAAUACCCGGUGUUCCAGGCCCUCGAGGGGACGACUGUCCCCGGUGUUCACCAGGGAGAAACGGUGCUGUGGGUGAUAAGGGAGAUGAUGGCAGACCAGGUUUGAUUGGAAGAAAUGGUUUUGUGGGAGAAAUUGGAUAUUCGGGUCGGAAAGGCGACAGAGGACAUCCCGGUCUUCAUGGUCUCAAAGGCUUUCAUGGUUUGCCUGGUGUUGAUGGGGAGCAAGGUCUUCCCGGAAGGAAAGGAGAAACCGGAGAACUUAUUUAUCCUACAUCUGGUGAAGUGACCAAAGGAGAUAUGGGAGAUCCUGGAUAUCCAGGACAACCUGGACGACCAGGGCACCAAGGGCUUUCGGGCUUUCCUGGAAUGAGUGGAAUUCCUGGCCUUAAAGGAGAGCAGGGUGAUUAUGGAGAAAUAGGACCACCAGGGUUGCCUGGAUUGCAGGGUCUGCCUGGAGUGCCCGGUUUUAAAGGUGAAUUAG